AUGCUUAUUCAAGACAUUUGUUGCAUUUGUUGCUUGGUGGUGAAACUAUUUUAUGUCUUCCUUUGAUAUCCUGAAAGCUGGGGCAUGGACAGGGUAAACAAGACAUUUGUGAAAGAAUUCAUUCUUCUGGGACUCUCUGGUUACCCAAAACUUGAGAUCAUUUUCUUUUCUCUAAUUCUAGUGAUGUAUCUACUGAUUCUAAUUGGCAACGGUGUUCUGAUCAUAGCAACCAUUUUUGAUUCUCGUCUUCACACCCCCAUGUACUUUUUCCUGGGCAACCUAUCUUUCUUGGACAUCUGCUAUACAUCUUCCUCUGUUCCCUCAACUUUGGUGAGCUUAAUUUCAAAGAAAAGGAACAUUUCCUUCUCUGGAUGUGCAGUGCAGAUGUUCUUUGGGUUUGCAAUGGGGUCAACAGAGUGUUUCCUCCUUGGUAUGAUGGCUUUUGAUCGCUAUGUGGCCAUCUGUAACCCUCUGAGAUACCCCAUCAUCAUGAGCAAGGUGGUGUGCAUACUGAUGGCUUCUGUGUCAUGGCUCUCUGGUGGAAUCAACUCAAUUGUGCAAACAUCUCUUGCCAUGCGAUUGCCUUUCUGUGAGAAUAAUAUUAUCAAUCAUUUCUUAUGUGAGAUAUUAGCUGUCCUUAAACUAGUUUGUGCUGAUAUAUCCCUCAACAUUGUUACCCUAGCAGUGUCAAAUAUGGCUUUCUUGGUUCUUCCACUGCUGGUCAUUUUUUUCUCCUACAUGUUCAUCCUCUACACCAUCUUGAGAAUGAACUCAGCCACAGGCAGACGCAAGGCCUUUUCCACCUGCUCAGCACAUCUGACUGUGGUGAUCAUAUUUUAUGGUACCAUCUUCUUUAUGUAUGCUAAACCCAAGUCUCAAGACCUCCUUGGGAAAGACAAUUUGCAAGCUAUGGAAGGGCUUGUUUCCAUGUUUUAUGGGGUAGUAACCCCCAUGCUAAAUCCUAUAAUCUACAGCUUGAGAAAUAAGGAUGUAAAAGCUGCUGUGAAAUAUUUGCUGAACCGGAAAGCUGUUAACCAAUAA